AUGGAGCUGCUGAAGAGAGCCAGGCAGCAGGUGGAGGAGGCCAUCAAGGUGGGGCCUGAUCACACACUCCCCCACCGCUCCCAACAUGCUAUGGAUGUGUGUUUAUUGCAUUUAUGGCUGAGUGUUCGCGUCCCUCCCCAGGAGAAGAAGAUCUUCUCGGUGCAGGGCCCCUACCCCAUCAUCCGCAACCUGCUGCGGGCAUGGGGCUGGGUGGAGAAGAAGUUCUCCACCAUCAGGCCAGGGUCGACAUCCUGCUGGUCUCAGCCUGCAGUAGAGAUCCCGGAGCCUCCUGAGGAGGAGGAGGAGAAGGACCAGUGGGAUGACGAGGACCCCAAUGGCAUCCAUGACAUCAUGUCCUCCAUGGUGCGGGACCAGAUGGCGACCUUUAUCUGGAACAGCCACUGCGACGCGGUCGACCGUCGGCUGCUGCAGGACCACCAGGUGGUGAACCACUUCACCGGCGUCGGAGCCUUCACCACCAAGGCGGGGCUGUGCGUCAACCUGCAAAACCAGCCCGGGUUCCACCGAGCCGAUCCCAGCACCUUCUUCCCACGGUGCUACCGGCUGGGGGCUAAGGACGAGCGCCAAACCUUCAUCGAGAAUUUCCACCUGACGGCGGCUCGCAGCCUGCUCAAACUGGCUGUGGAGAAGGCUGGGGACAUGCCAGGGGUGAUGGAGAUACUUGGCAAGGGGGCAGGUCCAGCACCUCCAUCGCCCUCCGAGCUGCUGGAGGCCGCGCUGCAGAUCUGCAGGAUGCAGCUGGACAGGCUGGAGCACAGGGACAUCGACCGCGCCUCCCCGAUGCUCCCCAUCUCCGACGCUGACUGGGACUGCUUGCUGCAGGAGUACUACCGCGUGGUUCACGAGCAGGCCAGGCUGGCACCCAGCGUCCUGCAGCGGGAGAAGUGCAGGGCCCUGCUGCAGCAGCUGCAGGCGCGGCUGCCCCAGCUCCGCAUGGAGGGCGUCCGCAAUCUCUGGAUUCUGAAGCCCGGAGCAGAAUCCCGCGGUAGAGGCAUCACCUGCUCGGCAUGGCUGGAGGAGGUGCUGGAGCUGGCGGGGAAAUGCACGGCGCCCUCGCUGCAGCCGGGACAAUGGGUGGUGGAGAAGUACGUGGAGCAGCCGCUUCUCAUCUUGGGCAACAAGUUCGUCCUGCGGCAAUGGUUCCUGGUGACCGACUGGAACCCGCUCACCAUCUGGUUCUACCGGGACAGCUACGUGCGCUUCUGCUCCCGGCCCUUCUCCCUGCACCGCUCGCGGCACCUCUGCAAUGUCACCGUCCAGAAGCGGUUGGAGGCUUCUGGGGGCCGGCACUCCAAACUGCCCCGUGACCUGAUCUGGUCCAGCCAGCAGUUCCAGCUGUACCUGCAGCGAGCGGGGCACACGGAGGCCUGGGAGAAGUUGAUCAUGCCCGGCAUGAGGGAGGCAGUGGUGGCUGCCCUGCGUGGCGCCCAGGAGCUGGUGGAGGGCCGCAAGGGCAGCUUCGAGCUCUAUGGAGCUGACUUCAUGUUCAGGGAGGAUUGCCAGCCCUGGCUGCUGGAGAUCAACGCCGGUCCCAGCUUGGAGCCCUGCUCGGCGGUGACCCAACGGCUCUGCGCCGCCGUCCUGUGCGACACACUGCGCAUGGUCCUGGACCACAGGGAGAACCCCGGCUGCUCCACCGGUGCCUUUGAGCUCAUCUACACAGAGGCAAUGGUGACCAUGCUGCCGUAUGUGGGGCUGGAGCUGGCAGUGGAAGGCUACUCGCUAAUGAAGCCCCAGCUUCAAGAGCAACAACCACGGGCCAAAGUCCCCACCUUCCUGCCUCUUCUCCUUCCUGUGGUGCCCAAGCCACCUUUGAUACCAAAGCCACCAUUGGUACCCAGGCAUCCUCUGGUGCCUAAGUCAUCUUUGUUCCCAAAGCUUCCUGUGUUGCCAAAGUCACCCUUGAUGCCCAAGCCACCUUUGGUGCCAAAGCCUCCUCUGGUGCCAAAGUCGCCUUUGCUGCCAAAGCGUCCUGUGGUUUCAAAGUCACCUUUGGUGCCCAAGUCACCUUUCGUACCGAAGCCUCCUGUAGUGCCCAAGUCACCUGUGGUGCCCAGGCCUCCUAUAUUCACUAAGCCUCCUCUGUUCCCCAUGUCCUCUGUGCUGCCCAGGCCUCCUGUGGUGCUCAGUCCUCCUGUGGUGCCCAAGCCACUCAUGGACACCAAGUUUCCUGCACUACUCAAGACUCCAGUGGUCUUGAAGCCACUUAUGGACACCAAGUCUCUUGUGAUGCCCAGGCCUCCAGUGCUCUCCAAGCCACUUAAAGACACCAAGCCUCGUGUGGUGUCCAGGUCUGCAAGCCGCUUAUGGGCAUCAAGGCUCCCGUGGUGCCCAAGCCUCCUGUGGUGCCCAGGACUCCAGUGGUCUCCAAGCCACUUAAGGACACCAAGCCUCCUGUGGUGCCCAAGCCUUCAGUGGUCUCCAAGCCAUGUGUGA